CAGAUAAAGGUAUAGGAUGACCUUCACUAACAGGAAUUUUACUCUUAUCUGACAAAUGGAUAUAUUAAUUGCAACAUUCUUUACGACAAUUGCCAUAUAUAGCGUCAGCGCCCAGCCUAGCCAGUGUCCGUUUGGAUGGAAACAGCGUGGUUUAUCUUGUUAUGCUUUCUUCAUUGAUGUCCCAGACGGAUGGACUGAAGCAAUGUUAUACUGCAAUGCACUUCAGGCCAAAUUAGUGGAAAUAGAGACAGAAGUAGAGGAUGAAUUUCUUCGUAUUUACUUAAUGGACCAUGGAUACAAGGGUCAGUUUUGGAUUGGUUUGACUGAUGCUUUAGUGGAGGGACACUGGGUCUGGGAGAGCACCCAGAAAAGCCCAGGUUAUACUGGCUGGGGGCCGGGGGAACCCAAUAAUGGGGGACACCAUGAAGACUGUGCCCAUCUGUAUGACGCUAUUUCCUUCCACUGGAACGAUGUCCCAUGUGACAGGAAGUACAACUUUAUUUGCGAAAAAGAACUUGAUGAUGAUGGAGGUAUCAUUGGAUAAAAUUCUGACUCUAC